AUGGACGUUAUCUGGAAUCGUUAUUAUGGUUUAGUCGAAAAGUUAAUGCUAUUCACUGGUAUGUGGCCAUACCUGGAGUCAAAAACAAGACGCCUUCGUAUCGGCCUGAUGACGAUGACCGCAGGAACUAUAUUCGUCCCGCAGAUUAAAUAUCUUACUGAAAGUUUGCUCAUCCAUUGGAGGAAAUUGGAAACGGACGAAGAGGUCGAAAUAGCCCAAUCGCAUGCCAGACUUUCUAAACGUUUCUCUGUGUUAUACUCGUCGUAUUGCUUCUUCGGGGUAUAUGGGAUGACAUCGGUACCCCUUUUAAUGCCUAUACUCGAUAUUGUGUUGCCCCUCAACGAAUCUCGACCCGUUUUACUACCCAUUUCUGUAUACUACUUUAUGGACCCUAGACAAAAUUUAAUUUUCGUUUGUGGAUUUGCUAUGGUAUCUUGUGGAAUACUGAUGACCGCCCUAGUCGCCCACGAUUGCAUAUUUGUGACCUUGGUCGAACACGUUUGCUGUAUGUUUUCUGUGCUCGGAUCUCGUUAUGAAUAUUUACUUGGUGCUAAUUUCGAUAACACUGAGAAAAAUGCAAAGCUUGAUUUCGACAAGAUCUAUCGUCAAAAAAUUGGGCAAUUUGUGUGUACACAUAACAAAAUCUUAGAGUUCGUGAAACUUAUCGAAAAUACCUUUACCAUACCUCUCGCUAUACAAUUAAUGAUAUUGAUCGUGUCACUAAGCUGUACUUUGUUACAAAUCACGCACGAGGAAGCCAGAGCUAUAGAUGUCACGAGGUACAUAUUUUACGUGACGGGUCAACUGUUUCAUUUGUUCUGCCUCAGUUUCGAGGGACAAAAAUUAAUCGAUUACAGUCUUGGGUUGCGUGACAAAAUAUACAAUAGUUCGUGGUACCAAACAUCCAUAAGAUCACAGAAGCUGCUUAUUAUGACGAUGAUGCAGAGUUUGCAGCCAACCUUUGUGAGCGCCGGCAAAAUUUACAUUUUCUCAUUGGAGAGCUUCACUAUGGUAGUGCAAACGUCGGUGUCUUACUUUACCGUUCUCUCAACAUUUCGAUAG